GGCAUUUUGCGAUACAGGGAAAAGAUGGGCGGUCAUGUCAGAUUGUAGAACCAGCUGAAAUGUGUUGACAACUUGGUGUGUUAUGACUCGGAUAAGGAUUUUCGUGCGUCGUUAAUCGCCGUCACGUAUAAUCGUGGACAAUUGCAUCAGACAUCUGCGAAAUAUACAUUUCUCUUUAUUAAUGAGAAGAACACAAUGUUGAAGUAUCUCUUUGCCGUUGCGAUAAUCACAAUUGCUUGCCUGCUACAGCGGUCUGAGGCGCAAUACGAUGACAAGAGAUGCAAGUGCAUCUGCCCGAGCCUUUCCUCCGUCAUAAACACGACGCAGUCGUCUAUGGAACGUCUCACGUACAUUAUAAAUGUACCACCAGUGCAAUGUAAGUGUGAAAGCGUUGUCCUGCCGAAACUUGGUGAACAAAUAAAAGGCAAGGAAGAAGUGUUUUGCUCGCGAUGCGACUGUAAAUAUGAAAACAGAAACACAACUAUUAUUAAGAUCGUGGUGAUAAUAGUUAUAUGGGUUAUUUCGUUGUUAGUAAUUUAUAUGUUAUUUUUAAUUUGCCUGGAUCCGUUGCUUAACAAGCGGAUACACAAGGCGUCAGCAAAUAUCGGUUACCAUGAGCAUAAUAAUGAGGAGGACGACUCAUCUCUUGCGCCUGGAACGUCACAUCCAAUGGGAGAAAGGGGCAAUGUUUUGAAUCGCGUCGGACACCAGCAAGACAAGUGGAAACGACAGGUUCGGGAACAGAGGCGGAAUAUUUACGAUCGUCAUACUAUGCUGAAUUAAGUUGCAUGUUUCGCUCCCUAAGUACGUAAAAUACCCAAGCACACGGAAUACUUCUAGUUGCGACGACGAUUCAUUCGAUCCAUUUUGAAUCAAACCUUCCGUGUAUAGUUUGUAAAAAUAUAUGUUGCAGAAAUAAAGUUAACAUUAAGAUUA